UCUCAUCAGACCGUUCCAGCAUGUCCCGAGCAUGGCGCCAGGCUCUGUUCAGUGGUGCCCAGCGACACGGCGAGAAGCAAUACCGGUCAUCUAAAACACAGAUUCCACAGCAGUAUGAGGAAGAACUUCUUUACACUGCGGGUGGCAGAGCUGCCAGAGAGGUGUGCAGUCCCCCUCUCUGGACACAUCCCAAACCCACCCGGACGCGUCCCUGCCUCCCCGGCUCCGGUGACCCUGCCCUGCUCAGGAGGCUCGCGCAUAGGCGGUGGAUUGGCCUCGCCUGGUGCGGGCGCGGCGCGGCGGGGGCGCGCUCGGCGGUGGAUUGGCAGCGCCUGGCGCGGGCAGCCUCAGCCAUGGCGGACGAGGAGCUGGAGGCGCUGCGGCAGCGGCGGCUGGGCGAGCUCCGGGCCGAGCACGGGUAUUUAAUUUCUUUGGAAUGCUGCCCCACAUUUGUUUUGUGCUGGAAAAACCACCAACAAAGGAAUUGGAAUUGAACAUUGAAACGGAGCAAAGGCUUGGUGCAGGUGUGGCUCCCAUGCCGUGACCGUGCUGCCUGAGCCCUGCUGGGCUGGGAGGGCACGACGAGAAAGCAGCAGCAGCUCAUUUUCCCCUGGCCCUUGCCUGAGUCAGUGACCUCCUGAGCUGCAGCGGUACAGUGGGGUGCUGGGGAGCAUCAUCCCUCCCACUGUCACCUGCUUCUGGAAGGCAGAAUCCUUGGCUCCUCAGGGUUGGUAGGAGUUCAUGAUCCAAGUCUUGCAGGCUGGCAGAACUCCUCCCAAACUGGUGCUUUUUGUCAGUGGUGAGUUUGGGUUGGGUUUGGCUGUUAUUGCAGUGGGAAGAGCCUUUCCCAGUUGAUUUGAUUUUUCUGGGAUAUCUGUUCCCGUUAAAAAGCUGAAGCAAAAGGAUUUUAGUCAAAGCUCAGUGGGGGAAGUGUUCAGUAUUUGUGCUGAGGGGAAGAUUGUAAACAAGUGUUUGAAGAGCUGACUUUGCACUGUAUUAACUAAAGUUUCAUAAACUAAAGCUCCAGUUUUGCAGAUACUUAUAUGAAAUAUUGUAAAUACAUGGAGACUUAGUGAAAAGUUCUAAAUACCUAAAUGAGCUUUGGUUUGGUUUUGGAAUUGCAUGGACAAUUCCUUGUGCCUGUUCUACCAUGCACUGCCUUGGGGUGAAUUCCACAUGGAUAAAUGCAGGAUCUAAAGGGUAGCACAGCUUUUGUCUCAUAAAAUGUAAUCAUGAGCAGGAGAAGGUGUAAGUAUGAAACUCCUCCUUGAUUUCUUGGAAGAUGUUGCCAGCUGUGUAACUUCAGUAAUGGGAAAUGUCCCUAAGAAAUGGACAUUCCCAGGAGAGGAAAUGCUGUAAAAGGUAUCACGUAAAUGGAAGGUUUGAAGUGACUUCAGGAAGCCACUUCCACAAAUCAAAAGUCUUCUGUAGUUUGCUGUUCUGUGCAUGUUAUUUUAGGUGUUUGAAAUCCCA